AUGAUGAGUCCCGCCCAAGAUAAACAGCAGCACCAGCAGCACCAUCCCGCCUCCUCUUCGUCGUCGUCCUCUAAGAUGGCCAACGUUUAUCAGGUCACCACACCCAAAUCUCCGCAGGAUUUGGAAAGCAUAGAUGAGCCUUUCAGAAUGCACACCGCCACUGGUAAUGCGGACACGGACAGUGAAAACACUCAACGGUUGAAGUACGAGUGCGUCAAGAGGGAAAUACUGAAUGUUCUGAAUCUACACGUUAUGCUCAGCCACAAGCAUGUCAGCCAUUUGCGAAGAAAUGUCAAGAAGGUCAACGCAAAGAUGGCUCUUUUGGAGACCCUGCAUAGCGAUACUGGUUUAUUGAAUAAAAUCGAGCAGACGUAUCAAUUCAAAGUAAAACAACACCAGCAGCAUAACUCUUUCGGUGGCCACUUUCAAAAUAGCAUCAGUAUAGAAAACAUAAACGCAUCUGCGGCGGAUUAUAAUGCAUCAUACCCCGUUCUGUCGGACUAUAACAUCAACUGCCAGCCCUUGUCUUCCAGCAGUAACGCAGACGUAUCGGCAGUGCGUAUGCCCCAUCAUCAUUACCAUACCAGGAGCAAGAGUAAUGGGCUUCUUCUGGAACCCUCCGUCCUCCGUCCGGCAAACUCGAAUAUAAUAGACUACAGAUUGACCGGCUCGAAAUCCAUAUCGGAGGCAACGACUAGGCCUACACUCGUCUCGUUGCCCCACUCCAAGUCUGAUGGUGUUUCUUCGCCCCGUUCCUCUUCAAUAUCCCCCUUAGACGAACAACCGGGCUUCCAAAUACUGCCCUUCAAACCAAGUCAGAUGCACCUUAACCACAGACGUAAUUACAGCAGCACCUGUUUGACGAGCAACAGCGGUAUCAUCGGUAAAACUGAAGAUAAUGAGCCCAUUUUCAGAAGAUAUGACGGAAUCCUAAUAAUAAUAACGUGCUCCAAAUGCGACCGUUCGGGCUUCACCUCCGCGCAAGGUAUCGUGAAUCAUACCCGGCUAAAGCACUCCAAACUGUAUUCAAGCCAGCCGUUGGCGGUUUUGAAUAACCAAAAACUAUUACCUGAUGACAAGCAAGACCCCAAAAUUCUAUCCAAAUUUGAGAAAUUAAGUCUAGACCCAAGUAAAGACUACCUACCUUCUGACAUUGCAAUUCCAAAACAACAAUUACCAGCCAACUCCAUGGAGAACUAUGCACAGGCCCAAAGAACUAUCAAAGACACUCCCCAUCUGGAAAAACUGUACCAAAAUAAAGACGAUUUCAAAAAAUUGAUUGAUAUGGUUAAUGAAACCCCUAAUGACUUGAAGGAAUUCUUAAGGCAACGUGAAAUCCAACUAGAACGGCAAAAAGAACAGGGAGAAGAGUCUUCCAAGACUGAUGAUGAAGCUUCGUAUGUGCCAUCGCCAUCUCUCUCGGUAACAGGAACAACGACUACAGACCCGCCCUCUCCGCCGGUUUUAUCCUCCUCUUUACAAAGGAAAAUGUUACGCAAGAGGAAACUGGGUGUGAGUAGCGUUGUUACCACUGAAGAUCUACCUCUAAGGGAAAGGCUAAGGACAAGUCAUACUGAUAAAAAGCCAAGAAAAGCAGCCCUUCUAACAAAUGAACUUGAGGACUCUACUAGUGUAUCAACAAGGCCUUCCUCUUAUUACAAUCUGAGGUCAAAAUCAAGACUACGUGAGUCUCAUACAUAG